AUGGCUGAAUCCAGAACGAUUUCUCAAGCGCAUACGGAUCCUGCUUGGAUAAGCGUUGUCGUUGAAUAUGUUGAGAGAAUUUGGUUGAUGAUGAAGAUGGGAUGCAGCCCUGGAUCGCGCUUGUAUGCAUUUUGGUCGUGGUAUAUUGAGGCGGACUCCCUUGCCACCGAACAAGAAUUAAAACGUCUUGGAGAGCACAAAUAUUCGGCAGUGGAUAAUAGUUGGCUGGAUGAAUUGUGUAUGAAAAGGUGGUGGGAAUAUGUGGUGACAUGGUGUCCUUUGUGGUUGGCUCCAAAUUUAAUAACGUUAAUUGGACUAGUAAUAAAUUUAAUAACAGUAUUAAUAUUGUCAUCAUUUUCCUACUCAGCUACUGAACCGGCCCCAGCAUGGGCAUAUGCACAAGCCGCUCUGGGAUUAUUCUUCUAUCAGACUCUGGACGCAAUUGACGGGAAACAAGCUCGACGCACUGGAUCAAGUAGUCCGUUGGGGGAGCUGUUCGAUCAUGGAUGUGACAGUAUGACACAAGUAUUCGUCACUUUGAAUAUUUGCUACGCUAUGUCAUUGGGACAUAUGCCAAAUGGUGUCAUGUUCGUGUCCAUCAUCUCAGUGGUGAUGUUCUACGCCGCUCAUUGGUCAACGUAUUGCACCGGCCAAUUACGGUUUUCAAAGUUCGAUGUCACCGAGGCUCAAAUGUCCGUAAUUGCGGUUCUGCUCGCAACGUGUCUUUUUGGUAAUUCGUUUUGGGACACAAAUCUGGUGGGUGGAUGGAAGCUACGUCAUGUUGUGCUCGGAUCAUCAAUGAUUGGGACGUGCUAUCAAAUUUUUGGCUACGUAAAUGUGAUUAUCCAUGGAGGAGUUGGAAAAAAUGGUUCCACUAUUGCUGGUACAUCAGUGAUAUUUCCACUAUUUCCUCUUCUCAUGGUUGUGGUCCCAUUCUGUAUGAUUUAUUCGAGAGCAGAAUCGUUAGUAUACGAUGAGCAUAUAACAUUAUUUAUGCUUUGCUUUGGUGCAGUAGGCGCAAAAGCGACAAAUCGAUUAGUAAUCGCUCACAUGAGUAAAAGUGAGCUACGAUUAUGGGACUGGAUCUAUAUGGGUCCUCUAACAUUGAUGUUAAAUCAGUACUAUAAUACUGUAUUUGAUGAGCUUAUACUUUUACGGAUAGUCACGAUUUACUGCUAUGUUUCAUUACUGGUAUAUUGUACGGUGGUUUGUCGGCAAUUUUGUGAAUUCUUCAAUAUUUACUGUUUCACUCUUGGCGCUCGUAAUCCACCGGCUAAGAAGAGCACGUGA